AUGCCCGCUGUCGAGCCAGACGAUCCAAUGUCUGACCCAGUGCCCGUGGUCAUGCCAGUUGACUCGGAACCCACUGUCGUGCCUGAUGACGCGGUGCCCGCUGGCGAGCCAAAUGACCUGAUGCCUGGUGACCCGAUGCCCGUUGUCGUGCCUGAUGACCCGGCGCCCGCCGCUCCGCCUGGGGGCACGGCGCCCGCCGUCCCUCCUGGGGGCCCGGCGCCCCUCCUGGGGGCCCGGCGCCCGCCGCCACUCCUGGUGGCCCGGCGCCCGCCGCUCCGCCUAGUGGCCCGGCGCCCGCCACUCCGCCUGGUGGCCCGGCGCUCCGCCUGCUGAUCCGGUGUCCAGCCCGAUGUGCCUCUGCCCGGAGUCCAGCCCGAUGUGCCUCUGCCCGGAGUCCAGCCCGAUGUGCCUCUGCCCGGAGUCCAGCCCGAUGUGCCUCUGCCCGGAGUCCAGCCCGAUGUGCCGCUGCUCGGAGUCCAGCCCGAUGUGCC